AUGGUGCCAAACCUACCCACGGCCGACGUCAAAAAUCUCCAGCAGAUGUUGACUGCUGGUUCCAUCACCAGCGUUGGCCUCGUUGAUGCCUGUCUCGCCCAGAUCCGGAAGCAUGACGGCUACCUCCACGCCAUGAUCCAGACUACGCCCCUGGAUUCCUCCGAGAGGUCACCAGGGCCCUCCCUGGACGAGGAGAGAGCUGCCGGCAAAGUCCGCGGUCCACUGCACGGAAUCCCCGUCCUCGUCAAGGAUAACAUCGCGACACACCCAAACACCGGUCUUCGAACAACGGCGGGCAGUCUCUCUCUCUGGAGUUCCAAGCCCAAGGAAAAACGCCAAGCUCUGCAGUCUGCCUAUGUCCGUGGCGGCCUGGAUCACGACGAUUCCAAAGACGGACACUCGAAUCCUUCGGGCUCGUCAUCCGGUUCCGCUGUUGGCGUGUCAGCUGGCUACGCCCCCAUCUCCGUCGGCACUGAGACUGAUGGAUCGCUCCUCUGCCCAGCAGGAAGAGCUGCCCUGUACACCAUCAAGCCCACCAUUAGCCUCAUCCCCCAGCACGGCAUAGUGCCCAUGUCAACCAACUUUGAUUCAGCUGGACCAAUGACCAAGACUUCCCAUGACCUUGCGGUGCUGCUUGAUGUUCUCGCCUCUAGGUCUCCGUCUGAGUCGUAUACAAAAAGCUUAACCGGCUCAUGGUCCGGUAUAUCGGUCGCAACUCUCAACUAUUCGAAGUGGAGAUACCCGGACAGCUUCAUAAAGCCGGCAGAUGGCGCCGAAGCCCAGAUAUUGAAGGAAACUCGUGAGGCGUACGAUUUGAUUAAGCCAAAAAUAGACAAAUUCGUCGACGACGUCGACCUUGUUACAGUCGAUUCAUUUGAGUUGGAAGGCAAGAAUACUCUGGAUAUCAUCACCAUGUCCGAUAUGAAAAGAGAUCUCACAGCUUACCUUCAGGACCUUGGAGAAAGCGAGAUGCGCACCAUUACUGACAUUAUCGAGUUCAACAAAGAACACGCAGAUAAGGAGUUGCCCCCGCAUCAUCCGAGACAGGACACCUUUAUCAAAUGUGAGAACCAGAACAUUUCUGCGACGGAGUAUGACCGCCUGUUUGCCCACAUGCGCAAGGUGGCGAGGGAUUCGGGGGUGGAGCGUGUCUUUCAAACCCAUGGAGUCAACGUCAUCAUUGGCCCGGCCGAUGGUUUCAUUUCAACCAUGGCCACGAGCGGUGGCUAUCCUGUUGCCGCGAUGCCACUGUCGUACCUCGACUUCAACGGCCGUCCCUUUGGGCUUGCCGCCCUGGCCGGAAGGCACCAAGAGGCUCUCCUCGUUCAGCUCAUGAGUGCCUGGGAGGCUACGUUUCCAGCUCGAAAGCCUCCGCAAGCGCUUAUUGAAGAGAGUUGA